CGCACCAGCUGUGCUGUUGUCAGUCCUGGAAUGUAAGCACUGCCGUGAGGAGUCCGAUCCUCCACCGCUAAGCACUGCUGAGGAGCAGGAACACAGGACUGUGCACUCAGCGACACAGAUGGAUGCUAAGCUUUGAAAACCAAAGGGGCUUGGAGGACAUCAGCAAAGGAAUACAAUGUCUGUUCUGAUGACACGACCUUCCAGUGUUCAUCCUCUCAGACGUUUAUCUCCAUAAAUCUGAAUUCAGUCUGGACGUUUCCCAGCUUGGAUACCAUGAAACCGAAUCAGGCUCUGCUACUCCUGAUGCUCUCCAUCCUUUGGCCCAGUUCUGCCCUUCCUUUUACAACUGGGAAUAUUGGGAAUCUGUUUGGGAUGCCAGAUAGUGAUGGGAAGAUUCUUCAGCGUUCCAAACGUGGAUGGAUGUGGAAUCAAUUCUUCCUGUUGGAGGAGUACACGGGAAGUGACCAUCAAUACGUCGGGAAGCUACACUCCAACAUGGACAAAGGCGAUGGCAGUGUGAAAUACGUCCUGACCGGAGACGGGGCAGGGAGCCUGUUUCUGAUUGAUGAGAAGUCCGGUGACAUCCACGCCACCAAGAGGCUGGACCGAGAGGAAAAGAACAUGUACACCCUGCACGCCAAAGUUGUGGACAGGAACACCAACGAAGACCUGGAGCCCGACACGGAAUUCAACAUAAAAAUCCAUGACAUCAAUGAUAAUGCCCCCAAGUUUUCCAAGGAAAUCUACUUUGCCAGUGUUCCUGAAAUGUCUGAAGUUGGUACGUCUGUCAUCACGGUAACUGCCUCCGACGCCGAUGAUCAAACAUACGGGAACAGUGCCAAGCUUGUGUAUAGCAUUCUACAGGGACAACCUUAUUUCUCCGUGGAUUCUGAGAACGGCACCAUUAAAACCGCCCUACCUGGCAUGGAUAGAGAAGUUAAAGAAAACUACCAGGUUGUGAUCCAGGCUAAAGACAUGGCUGGACAGAUGGGAGGGCUUUCGGGGACCACAACAAUCAACAUCACCCUCUCCGAUGUCAAUGACAGUCCACCACGCUUCGCUACCCAUUCCUUCCGCAUGGCUGCUGUGGAGUCCACAGAGAUCGGCGGUGCCAUCGGACGGAUUAAGGCUGACGAUCCUGACGUGGGCCGUAACGCUGAGAUGCAGUACAGUGUCGUCGGGGGUCACGACACUUUCAACAUCGUCACUGACCAAACUACCCAGGAGGGAAUUGUCAUAAUUAAAAAGGCACUGGAUUUUGAGAGUAAGAGGGACUACGAGUUCAAAGUGGAGGUGAAAAACACCUACCUGGACGCAAGGUUCAUCCACGGUAUUCAGUUCAAGGACCACGCCACGGUCAAGGUGACGGUAGAGGAUGUGGAUGAGCCCCCCAUUUUCACCUGGAACCCUUAUAUAAUCGAGGUGCAUGAAGACACGGCCGCUGGCAGCUUUGUCGGAGUGGUUUCGGCCAGGGAUCCCGACGCCGACUCCAAGCCAGUCAAAUAUUCCAUCGAUAGACACACAGAUCUAGAGAGGCUGUUUAACAUCGAUUCUGUCAACGGCACCAUCACGACACUGAAAGCGCUGGACAGAGAAAUGUCGAAAUGGCACAACAUCUCUGUGGUGGCAAAUGAAAUAAACAACCCUCGCCAGAAAACUCGCGUGCCCGUGUUCAUCAAAGUGUUGGAUGUGAAUGACAACGCCCCGGAGUUCGCCAUGUCCUACGACACAUUCGUCUGCGAGAACGUCAAAGCUGGCCAGCUGAUUCAGACGAUAAGUGCUGUCGACACGGAUGAACCCCUUGUUGGACACAAGUUUAUGUUUAGUAUAAGUGCCACCAACCCAAAUUUCACUAUUGUGGACAGAGAAGAUAACACGGCCAACAUCCUGACGAGGAGGGGCGGAUUCAGCCGGCGCGAGAUGAGCGUGUACUUCCUGCCCGUGGUGAUCUCUGACAACGACUACCCCAUCCAGAGCAGCACCAGUACGCUGAUCGUACGCGUGUGCGCCUGCGACAGCCGUGGAAACAUGCAGUCAUGCAGCCCCGAGGUCCUGCCCUUCUCAGACGGCCUCACCACUGGAGCCCUGGUGGCCAUCCUGCUCUGUGUCAUCAUCCUCCUCAUGAUCGUGGUGCUGUUUGCUGCCCUGAGGAGACAGAGGAAGAAGGAGCCUCUGAUCAUCUCCAAAGAGGAUGUCAGAGACAACGUUGUCAGCUACAACGAUGAAGGGGGAGGAGAGGAGGACACUCAGGCCUUUGAUAUCGGCACACUGCGCAACCCAGAGGUGAUGGAUGCUAACAAGCUACGCAGGGACAUCAUACCCGAAAUGCUGUUUCCCUUUCGGAGGACAUCCCCCAUAAAGGAUAACACAGAUGUGAGAGACUUCAUAAACGGGAGGCUUCAGGAGAACGACGCAGACCCCACAGCGCCCCCCUAUGACUCCCUGGCCACGUACGCGUACGAGGGCAGCGGCUCUCUGGCCGAGUCCCUGAGUUCACUGGAGUCCGGUGCCACGGAGGGGGACCAGGACUACGAUUACCUCGGCAACUGGGGGCCGCAGUUCAAAAAGCUGGCUGAGAUGUACAUAGGAAGGAGCCCCGACAGAGAGACUUAAAACAAAGCCAUCAGUCUCUCUCUCUCUUUUUUUCUAAACUCAUGUUUAAUGUCAGUUUAUCUAGCUAGCUAGCUGGACAGCUGUCUGUCUCGUUAGCUAGUUAGCCAGCUAGUCGACCGUCUGCUUAUCUAUCAAUUUAAAUGUUUGUCUAGUUUGCUAGCUAGCUCGCUAGUUAACUGACCGUCUGUUCGAUUCACGUAGACGUGCGCGUGCAAAUGCACAAACAAACGCACUCAGACAAACUUUCCGCAGUCCAUGCGCUGGAGUGGAAACGAGACUUGAACUGAGCUGAAUUUUCUCACGAAUGGAGAUACGAUAGAAAUCUCAAAGUUUUGCUGUCUUUGGUCAUAAUCAGUAAAGAUGCCUUUAAAUUUUAGGAUUUUCUUGUGAAUACUGGUGUGGACAAUGUGUUUUGUAAUUGACCUGAGAGAUAGUAGUACUGUAUACUAUCGAUGUUCAGUGGUACGGGAUCGGUUGGGGGGGAGGGGAAGGAGUCAGGCGGCUUUUGCGACCAACUCUAUUAAAUACUGUAAAUGUACAAAAUGUUUUUAAAUAUCCUAUAUACAAUUUGCUAUCUCUGUUUGACAAGCAAUGUCCAUGUGAAUGGUUGGUGCAGUUUAUUUGUCAAACUGUGAAUUCAUUUCAUCAUGUAGGUGUAACAUGUGACGAAAGUGUAUGUUGUAGGAAACUGUCAUACACUGGUUUCAUGCCGUUUGAAUGCUGAGUCAUAUUGUUUUAUAUUUAUAUUUUUAUACUUAUUUUCCUAAUAAAAUAACAAAACAGAAACAGCCUUAUUUCCAGUUAAUUCCGUGCUUUUGUGUUGAAAGGUUUAUGUUUUUGAGUCUUGCUAGCAUUAACAUGUUGGCUGAUUAUGAUAUGCUAACUUAGACCACAAGAACUCAUUUUAGUCUAUUAAACAUUUGUAGUAAUAAGUCAAGUCAAGAAUGUGGACUUCUUAUUGGCUGAAUGUUUUUGUCGCGGUAUGACGGUAAUGAAAGGAGAAAGGUCCGGCUGGGGGCUGAUGUAUAUAUCUGGGACAGAAACAUUACUACACAAGUUAAAUUGGAUAACAACAGCCUUGGUGCUUGCUCUGGGUUAUGUUAAUUAUCUGGGGACAAUACCAGUCAGAACUAUUCCUGCAUAAAUGCAAAAUUCCCAAACUAAGCUGCAUUUCUCUUUGACAAGAAGACGAAUGCCGUCUUCUCAGUAGGAACACCGAAGCUACUACCGAGCAUGCAAAAUUACAAAGUUAUGAAAGUGGACAUGGCAUGCUUUUGUGUGUUCUGGACAUCCGAAGGGUUGCAAUGAUGACUUCCUACCUAAGACAUCUUUGUAUGCGCAAAAAGAGAUGUACGAGGUCUUAUUUUGAUUAACACGUGUAUCCAUGUUUCGUAACUCUGCAGUGCAAUACUGUAUUUGGGACUUCAGCUAAUUGUGACAUCAAACAGGGAUUAAAUUAAUUGGUCGGGACUGUGCGGAUUCAUGAAAAGGACAACUUCCAGUUAUGAAUACUGUUCAGUUUGAAAGCCAGAGGUUUUUGGAAGCAAGGAAGAAACAUUCAGGUUUUGCUUUGUACUGUUUUGCUUCUGUCUCCAUAAAGUCUUGGAAGAAAUGUGUAUUUACCGCUGAAAACACAAGGAACAUGU